AUGCGGUAUAAGUUUGCCUUCGUAAGUAUUGGAGCUGUGGAUUUGAGACUUUCGGCCUUCGAGAUCAUCAUCAAGGUGCCCAACCCACCCACCAUCGACGUCUCUGGCCUGGUGCAGGUUCUCUAUGAUGUGGCUUCGGUGGCUGAGCGCUUCUAUUUGGCCGUGCUGUCGGCGAUGUUUGUGGGCGCUCCCCGAUGUGAAGGACCGGUGGUGAUUCUGUCGUCUUGUUUCCUGAUUGCCGAGUCCUUGGUGAAGGUGCGAUGGCUGAAUUACGACUACUUCGGCCUUCUGACGGCUGCCAAGUACAGCGCGCAGAAGACGCGGCCCACCUUUCAGAAGACCAUGGCAGUGGGUACCACCACCGCUGUGCAGAGUGUGUUCUUCAUCGGCAUGCAGUGUAUGAUGCUGGUAUGCACCAGAGCACUGAGUUUGGUGGAAAUGGACCCCUUCAAGGAAAGCAAAGGCUGGACGUGCCCGUACAAAGAUGACUACAUCUCGGUGCUCACCGGCCGCAUCUUCCUUUCUGCCAUGGCUGCGAUCACCCUGAUCAUCACCUUCCUUUGUGCCAAUGGGCAUUUCAUGGGACAGGAGUACAUCGUGAAAGACUUCGGCAAGCAGAUUGAUAUGGACCUCAGCAAGUUGGAUCCUGAUACCAAGUUGGAGGGCGGCAGCAUCAUCCGCACGGGGCAGUUCUUCAGCAUGAUCCCGACCACGCUGGGUAUCUGGAUCGAUGGUUGGAACGUCAAGGGUCUGCUGCUGAAAGAACGUGCCAUGAUCUAUGCAGAGGAGUUACGGGUUCCAACGAUCUGUCCAGAGUGUGGCGUGGCGCACGUGCCUUACUUUGAGCUGAUGAAAGCGUCAGGACGGCAACUCAGCUUGGCAUAUCAGAUCUUCCCCUUUGGGGCCGUCAUUGGCAAGGCCUGUGAACGCUUCAACAAUCCGCCCUUGUUGUACUGGGGCACAGAGCUGAGGUGUUUGAAUGCCAUGCCGACCAUGGAGAGUGUGAAAUCCAACCAGGGAAGGAAGAUGUCGGCGGCACAGGCGGCCAAGUUUAAGACGCAGCUUGGGGCGGCUUUCAUGAAGGACCGGGGUGUGCCAGCCAUACAGCGCUUCGCAGCGGUGGCGAUGUAUUUCACCAUGCUGAUCUUUACGAUGCUGCUGACCACGGACAAUGUCGCUGAAAUGGGCGUGGUGAUGUUCCGCUUCGUCACCAUGAUCGCCUACUCCAAGGCCGUGUGCGAAGUGCUGCUGCCGGUGCUUUGUUUAGCGAUUGUGGGUGCACUCGUGGUGGGCGUUGGCAAGCUUAGCGAUGACCGCUGGUGGCCGUUGUCCCAUUGGCCACGUCCUGAGUCUGCGAUUGUGGCCAAGAAGGCGGCCAAGGCUGCCGUGCAACCCUAUCGCAUCUCGCCGGUGAUUGGGCAGGUGUUACAUGGAGUGACCAUCGGCUACGCUUUGGCCCUCUUCCUGCUGGAGGCGAAUAUUGGUUUGAACCUGGGCGUUGCUGCCUUCGUGGGACUUGCGGUGGGCGGCGCCCUCUCGGUGCUCCUGGCCAUGAGUUUCUACGCCUUGGAAUUGUGCCCCAACUGUGACCUGGCCGGCGGCCUCAUUAAGGUUUUCGUGGCGGGUUUGGAAUGCGUGGGGGGAGCCAGGAUUUUCACCAUGAAUCUGAGCCUCACCAACUUCUACUUGGCCAUGGCCAUGCUGGCCUUGGUCCUGGUGCCCGGGACCAACCUGGCAUUUCGCAAGACGAUGCCCAACCCCGAUGGCUCGGAGGGUCCCAGCAGCGUUUGGCACCUCAGUCACGGCUUGUUGCUGGUGGGCAACUUUGGAGACGGUUUGGGGCUUCUGAUCUCCGUGGCAAUCGCCUACCUCAUAGGCCUGGCUUAUGGCUUGGCCACGGACAAGAUGUUGGAGCGGCCGGCAGGCAAAUGGAGUGUUGGAGCGGGCACUCUGGCGGCUCUCAGUGUGGGCUUGCUGGUGCACUGGGCCAUCGGUGUGAUCGCGGGCAGCGUGGUGGGCAGCGUCACCGGCGCCUUGAUUGAGCGCCGCGUGAUGAAGGAGAUGGACGCGACCUGCAUGGAACCCCCUCGGUUCACAAAGGCACACGUCCUCACUGCCAGCCCGAAUCUGGGUCCCACGUCCAACCAGAUGGCCGCCAUGCGAGACGACAAGGAAGGGGAUGCCGUGAUUCACACGAAUCUGCCAACGCUUUGCAGAGCGCAGAGCCCGGGGCAGACCGACGAUCCACGUUGGGAGACCUGGAAGCAGAAGGAACAGAUCCAGUUGGAAUGGCAAGAGCAGCAAGCGCUGGAGAACGAAGCCUACGACCGCUACGAGCAGUACGAUCGAAAGGGCAGCAGUGGGAGUGGUCAACUUGCAGUACAGGUUUCCACCCAGGAAGACUCAUUGGAGAUGGAGCGGCAGCAAGCAGCCCGAAGUCUCUUUGAACUCACCGAUCUGAACGGCGAUGGGCUGGUUUCAGUGGAGGAUUUUUCCUUGAUGGGACUGUUUCAGACCAAGGUCCAUUCGGAAAAGCCAAUGACCCUCAAAGAUGAAGACCGGGUGCAGAAUAUCUUCAUCCAGCGAUUUCGGCGUGAAAUCGAUGCUGAGCUCCGUCCUGUGGCCUACGCCCAUUACAAAGACUACCUCAUGAGGUCCGUGAAUAGCAUGGACCCUGGAGACCUGGAGGCGCAAUCCCUGCUCUGGGACGGAUUGCUGGUGGAAGCCGCCACAGCCCGACAGAUGGCCACAGAAGACAAAGGACUUCGUGUGGAGCCCAUGUUGCCAAGCCUCCUCACCAGUGGUUUGGGCCAAAAUUGCCCAUCCCCAAAGCUCGUUCGGACGUACGACGACGAGGCCGAGGAUCCCAACGACACCUUCCCUGAGGGCGACCCCAGCAGCUUCCAGCCGGGAAUGCCGGACGAUUCCCCGCAGCUGGCGCGGGAUGGGACGCAAGAGACCUUUGGGACGUCCCAAGCAAGUUGGCAUUCCUACGGCGAGGUGCCGCAAGGCACUGGAAACUGGCGCUCGCAGAGGCCCAGGCCUGUGCCCAAGGACCGGAAACGCACCUCACUGGCAGCCUCGGCGCAGAAUGCGGCCAAGGUGUCGGCCUUAGCAGAUUUGAUGGGUUUCAUGUUGGCCAAAAGCAUCCCCCCACCGGGCCCUCGCGCCGUCUGGGGUGGCAAUGCCGGGCCGGGGGCGAGUGCGGCGAGCGGCAGCGCUCAGGACUUGACUUCAGUCCAAGGGGCUUGGGGACAAGCAGGAGUUCGAUUCUCCCUCGGAGGCAUUCAAGUUUUCUUCCUGCAACAUCCCUGCGCCAAAGAAGAAACCUUGUUGGCUUUCGGGGACCUCUGGUUCCACGGCGAUCUGCCCGGUGCCUCUCCCGGUCGCGGAGCGCCCCGAUGGACGGCGCCACUGGCCGGGUACUUCGCGGGAGGAUACCUACAUGGAGAGCUCUUGGAAGGCGGCGGUCCUUACACCGCAGUGCUUGAAGAAGUCUACCAGCACUCCAUGGAGCGACUCGUGGCAUUUUUUGAGCAUCGGAGUACGCGCAUUCGCGUGUGGUCAGAGGUCCUAGACCUCCGCGCCGCCGCGCCCGUGGUGCCGCGGGUGCUGUUUCACUACACCACCAGGGAAGGCCUCUGGCAAAUCCUGGACUAUCAACUGCCCAUUGGGGCAGCCCUGCAGUGUUUGAGGGAGGAGGGCGCGGUGAGUGCCCAGGAGCCCGAACAGCUCAACACAGAGACCAGGCUGAAGUAUUGCUUACCUUUGUUGGUCCCCCAAACCUGCUGCAGAGGGGUGGAUGGAUCAGCUUUGAAGAAUGUGCUGUUGUCCUUCAGCGACGAGGAGCUCCAACGUAUCAACGCGCAUGGCUGGAUCCUGAGACCAAAGCUGUUGGAUAGGCACGGGAGACAGCCACCGCAGCCACCGGGCACGCCUGUCGCCACGACACAGGACUUCUGGCGAUGCUUAGGGGAUUAUGGCAUCGGGCUCCUAAUGGCUGGUCAUCCCCAGCUGGCCCUGCAGACCUGCCGCCAAGCCUCGGAUGGCUGCCGCUCGCAGUUUGGCGCGUUGCACCCUGAUGCGUUGCGCUUGCAGCACAACGUGGGCACGGCCUUACAUCACUCAGGGAUGAAGGCGGACGCUGAGAAUACCUUUCACUCUGUCUGGCAGAGCCGGACCCAGACCCUGGGGCAGCAUCACCCGGCCACGUUACGCAGCUUGAGUGAGCUGGCUGUGGUGGUGGCUCAUCGAAGUCCUGUCGAGGCGAAGGAGCUCCAACGUCAAGCCUUGAAGGGCAAACAGGCCUACUACGGUGUGUCGCAUCCAGAGUCGCUGUCGGCCAUGGUGAGCCUUGCGUAUUCCCUUUGGAAGGAGGAUCGCCAGUCAGAAGCUGAAGAUCUCUACCGACGCGCCUUGCUGAUCGCCGAAUCGACACUGGGACCGAAUCACCCCACCACACUGCAUUGUUUGAACAACUUGGCGGUGAUCGCCAAGGACUCUGGCCGCACGGGCGAACUGGGCCGUCUCCUGGGCCGUCGCCCGGGGGGCGCCAAUGCUGCAGCGGUACGCAUCUAA